UUCAUCCUUCUUCAUUCCAACCAUAACCAAAUCAGCCGCACCACCACCACCACAACCACCGCGCACAACCGCACCAUGGGUCGCUCCCAUGUCCUCCUCCUCUUGCUCCCCCUCCUGGCGGCGGCCGUCGUGGCGUCCGCACUCGACAUGUCGAUCAUUGACUACGACGCGAAGUUAGAAGCCAUGACGGAGAGCCACCUGAUGAACCUCUACGAGUCAUGGCUGGUGAAGCAUGGCAAGAUCUACAACGCGUUGGGAGAGAAAGAGAGAAGGUUCGAGAUCUUCAAGGAUAACCUGCGGUUCAUUCACGAACAUAACAGCGCUGGGAACAAACCCUACAAGCUUGGCUUGAACAAGUUCGCCGAUCUGACCAAUGAAGAGUACAGAGCCAGGUACCUCGGCACCAAACCCCGCAGCUCCUCCCAGCAACAGCGAUUGCUCUCUGGCAACAGGAAGAGUGACCGUUACGCAUUCCGCGCCGGCGACGAGUUGCCUGCUUCUGUUGAUUGGAGGGAGAAGGGUGCCGUCUCCCCCGUUAAGGAUCAAGGCCAAUGCGGGAGUUGUUGGGCAUUCUCGACGGUUGCUGCGGUGGAAGGGAUCAAUAAAAUUGUGACGGGGGAGUUGAUAUCUCUGUCAGAGCAAGAGUUGGUGGACUGUGAUAGGAGCUAUAACAUGGGAUGCAAUGGAGGCCUCAUGGACAAUGCAUUCGACUUCAUUAUCAACAAUGGAGGCAUUGAUUCUGAGCAAGACUACUCCUACCAUGCUCGUGAAGGUGUUUGUGAUACCAAUAGGAAAAAUGCUCAUGUAGUCACCAUAGAUGGUUAUGAAGAUGUGCCAGAAAAUGAUGAGAAAGCGUUGACCAAGGCUGUUGCACACCAACCUGUUAGUGUUGCCAUUGAAGCUGGUGGCAGGGCCUUCCAACUUUAUCAAUCUGGUAUCUUUACCGGCAUAUGUGGAACUGAACUUGACCACGGUGUUGCCGCAGUUGGGUACGGAACAGAAGACGGUAAAGACUACUGGUUGGUGAGGAAUUCAUGGGGUUCAGGAUGGGGCGAGGAGGGUUACAUCAAGCUGGAGAGAAAUCUUGCAAAUGGCACAACCGGAAAGUGUGGUAUCGCAAUGGAGGCAUCAUAUCCAAUCAAGAACAGCACCAACCCACCAAACCCUGGUCCCUCACCUCCAUCCCCAGUCAACCCUUCCACUGUCUGUGACGAUUACUACUCUUGCCCUUCUCGCACCACUUGCUGCUGCGUCUUCGAGUAUGCAGGAUUUUGCUUUGGAUGGGGAUGCUGCCCUAUGCAAUCCGCCACUUGCUGCGACGACGGUGCUAGCUGCUGUCCUCCUGAGUUUCCCGUCUGCGACACUCGCGCCGGAACCUGCAGAUUGAGUAAAGAUAACCCAUUCGGAGUGAAUUCCUUGCCACGAACACGUGCUACAAGCACUUGGACUCAAAGGAAAGCUGCCAUGAAAGACUGCUUAUUGGCAUGAAAAAAAGCCAGUGGGAAAAUGUAUAUAGGGUGGUGCCGUGGUGGUGCUUCGAUACGGUGUUGGUCUCUCUUUUGAAGUAUUAUUAGAUGGUUUAAUACGUUUAAUUAAUUAAAUUGUUUAAUGUACUUAAAUCAUUCUUAUACAAAUAUUUUAUGUCUUCAAGU